AUGGUUGUCUCAUAUAUAGCGAGUGAUGGUUCCGUAGUGGUGUAUCACCAUAGUAAGCAAAGUCAGAAGGGAAGUGAGCAGAUUUGGAGCGGUAAUUCAAGACCAGAGAGGAAUUUAAAUGGUGUUUCCACCUGGAAGGGUCAAAAUAGAGAACAUCGUGAGGCUGCGUCAAAACCCGUAAUGCAGAACAACUCGUCGAAGGGAAGAGUCAGGCCAGCAAAAUCGGCUUUUUUAAGUCCCAGGCAUCAGUCGUCUGAGGUUAAGUUAACACGAUCGGCGUUUAUAAGUCCUAAGCACCGUUCGCCGGAGAAUGGGCCAACAAAGUCGGUUUUUGUGAACCCUAAGCGUCAGGGAUUCUUUAACAUGUAUCUGAGCAAAAGUGAUUCUUGUAUGAGUGGUUGGGGUUGUGUUAUUAAUUUAGUUCCAUAUGAUGGAUGCGGUUUCAAAUCAAUAACAAGAGGUCUAAGGGUUGAUGAAGAAUUGUUACAAGUAAAGAAAAUUAAAGUUGACAUUUCCACAUUUUCGAAACUGGUAUGUGAACGUUUGUUUGUCUCAUGUUGGGAGAAAGAUUACGGGGAAUCUGGUCAUAUCUGUGUAACUGCUCUUCGAAGAGCGUGCCGUUAA